AUGAAAGAGUGCGUGCCCACAACAAGCGCCAAUUCAAUGGCCGGGAAGCUGAGCAAAAGGAGGGAAACUGCGCCGAUAAUCUCCUACUCGAACCCGCAAAGAUCCAGUUCCAGGGUCAAACGUGAGAGCUCGUACAACAGGCGACUCACAAUCGCCGAAAACUCAGGAAGAUCUCUGCUUUCGAGAAGGACGAUGUCCUCCGCCGCGAGUUCUGCUGAUCCGAGGUUGAGAAAGACGCCAAUUGCUCCGCAGCCAAUUGCGGAAUUUGUCACGAUUCAUUUCGGAACAAAAUCGGUUCUCGUAAAUGCGAAUUGCACGAUUUUCUACGUUUUCCGCUAUAUUCUUCAUCUUUACGAAGGUCAAGACAAGGAAAAGUUGGAGAAUAUUCCUGAAUCGCUGGUUGCCCAGAAACGGCUAGCGCAGUGCACGAGUUCGUAUGAUCUCACUGACAAGAACGGAAAUUGUCUCGACAUCGCGGAGAAGCCAAACACAGCCAGGGCCAAAGACUUUCUCAAAGGAAGACAGGAUUACAACUUGUCGAAAAUAUUCCGAAACGGGAAAAAGAAGAUUUUGUACAGUCACAUUUUGGUCCCCGAAUCACUCAAUGCGGCGAGGUCGGGCAGCGUUUUGAACAGAAGACCGAAAUCUAAAGAUGUGCGGAGUAAUUCGAGAAGAUCGAUGCAUUCUUUGAACUCGAAAGGCGAAUAA